AUGAGAAAGAACAACGAUGCCGAGCAGAAUUCUGAAGAUGGAAAUCGUCCCACUACUCUAUUGUCCCACCAUCUAAGUUUGCCUAGUAGUACUGCCGAGAUGUCUGCAAUGGAAAAAAUGUGGCAGGAGUCGGUACCUUGUAAAAUAAGAGCAAAACGAGGUUGUGCUACUCACCCACGUAGCAUCGCGGAAAGGGUGAGAAGAACACGAAUUAGUGAACGGAUGAGGAAGCUACAAGAACUUGUUCCCAAUAUGGAAAGGCAAACGAAUACAUCAGAUAUGUUAGAUUUGGCUGUUGAUUAUAUUAAGGAUCUUCAGACACAAGUAAAGGUAUAAAUCUUAAAAGCUUGAAUUGCAGUGGACACAAUCCCUUGGCAUCAAUAACU